AUGAGCAAGGUCCGACGUAAUCACGACAUCGGCCCUGGGCGAGAGGGUUUCUGCAACCCCAAAACACGGCAACAACCACACGACGGAUGCACUCGAGUGGGCAUAAAGCGACGCCCAGCCCAGAUCGGUGGGCAAGCCACUCAAGCAACUCGGCGACAGAAGAGCGAGGCAGGUGGCGCAAUUAAUUGCCCCACCAAAGUGGCGGCCCAUUCAUCUGUACCUAAUCCAACCGGCUCGAAUGUCAUUUGCUGUGAUCGUGCAAAUAGACAAACAUAA